CGUCUGAAGGUUUGGUCACUGGGUCAUGUUGACGCCCCUGCACUGUAGCGGUGGAUCCUCUCAGUCUGCAUUCUCAACGUCAGGGUCCGGACAGUGCAGGAGUCUGUUGCUCUGUCACAUGCUCUAUUUGGCGCUGGAGCUUAUUUGAAAGCAAUUUUGGAAGCUACAAUUUGACAAUUAUCACUUAGCAGGGGGGAAUGGACCUGCUGCCAGACCUGUGGAGGGAGGAGUUCUGGCUGCCUCCGGGGGUGAGCUGGCUGGACCUGGAGCAGCUGGCCCCCGGGGAGCGCCCCCGGGCCCGGGACCUGCUGCUGGUCCUGCCCCUGGCGCUGGGCUUCGUGGGCCUGCGCUAUGUGUUUGAGAGGUUCCUAGCCCCUCCCAUUGGCUGGUGUUUGGGGGUAAGGAAUAGACAGCAAGUGGCAGUAGUCCCCUCCCCAAAGCUAGAGUCCUUUUACAGCAAGCAGAGCAGGACGCCAUCUCAGAGGGAGAUUGUCCAUUUGAUGGCCGAGUGUGGCAAGACACAGAGGCAGAUCCAAACGUGGUUCCGUUUCCGUAGAAACCAAGACCGGCCCUCCAACUCCAAGAAGUUUGGAGAAGCUGGCUGGAGAUUCUGCUUCUAUCUGAUAGCGUUCGUGGCUGGACUAGCAUGCGUGAUCGACAGACCCUGGUUCUCGGAUCAAAGAGAAUGUUGGAGGAACUAUCCUUUCCAGCCAAUGGAGAGGGCUCACUACUGGUACUACAUGCUGGAGCUAGGCUUUUACUGUUCUCUGCUGCUGAGGAUCUCUGUGGACGUCAAGAGGAAGGACUUCAGGGAGCAGGUGAUCCACCACUUCGCCACCAUCUUCCUGCUCAGCUUCUCCUACUGCGCCAACUACAUCCGCAUCGGCACGCUGGUCAUGCUGCUGCACGACUCCUCGGACAUCAUACUGGAGUCUGCCAAGAUGUUCAACUACGGCAGCGGCUGGAGGAAGACGUGUGACUCUAUGUUCAUCGUGUUCACCACCGUCUUCCUCAUCACUCGGCUGGUGCUCUUUCCCAGCAGAAUCAUCUACACCACCAUGGUGCUGUCCAUGGAGCUCUUCCAGCCCUUCGCUGGCUACUACUUCUUCAACGUGAUGCUGAUGGUGCUGCAGGCGCUCCACGUCUUCUGGGCCUACCUCAUCCUACGCAUGGCCUACAAGUUCAUCUUCCUGGGCAAGCUGGACAAAGACGAGCGCAGUGAUGAAGAGAGUGAGGAGGAGGAGGAGGAGGAGGGGGAGCAGGAGAAGGAAGGCGAGGAAGAGGAGGGAGCAGAGUAUUGCUGGGAGAAGCGCACCAAUGCGCUCAACUCUAAAUUCACCAUACUGUCCCACAGCUGUGUGCUGAACAACCUGAACAACCACAGAACCAACGCCGUGGACCGCUCGCACAAAACACAGUGACCUGGCCGCGACGCCUCCACUGACCUGACCCAAGGACACACAGUGCUGUCCGAUUGUAGGGCAAGACUGAAGGAGAGCCAGGGUGGAGGUGGUGUUUCAUCAGGUGUGACAGUAGGAGGCUCAGCCCAUCUGGGGCUGUGACUAUCCCAGGUGGGUUUGGAUCCAUGAUGUCCUGGAGCACCGGACCAGAGCAGUUCUGCCCCUCUUCUGAUGUAGACAUGGGCCUGGACACACACAUGAGGUAGCAGCAAUGUUUUCUGAAGGAUGCCAUUUAAAUAUCAAAAGGUUUAUGACGAAAUGAAGGUGAUAACAAAAUCAUAUUAAAUUAAUUAUUCUGCCAUAUUAA